AUGUGCUGGCGUAGCGCAGCAAUCGCCUUUGACGAGCGGUUCUUGAACGCCUGCUCGCUCUUCCACGCAGGGCCAACGGCGGGGUUUUCGCCAUUCACGUGCAUGGCAUUGGCCGCAAGCUGGGCGGCGUUGGCCGCUCCCCUGGACUGGUAUGAGGGCAGAGAGGUGACAAAGUGCCGCAACGGGCGGCAGCUCGACGGCGAGGUGGCGGCGGUAAGCGCCCGGGCGCAGCGGUUCACAAUCGAGUGGCACGACGGCUCGACUGAGAAGGUGUCCGAGCGACGCCUCAAGGCGCUGCUCAAGCCGCCGCCGCGCGUCCCCGACCUACGCUACCUCCGAAACGGCUGUGCGGAUUAG